UCCGCGGGAAGAGAAUCUUUCAUUCACACGACACAGAACUUUUCAACGCAUGCAUAAUGCAUUCAUCAUCAUCAUCAAACACUUCGCUCAGCGAAUACUUCAAGGCUCACACUACACCAUAUAUAUGCAUCUUACUAAGUCCCUUGCUUAUUCUUCUUCUUCAUAAUUUAUCCCAUUAUUUCCAUUGUUUUUUUCAUUAACCAAACAAAACAUGAUGAACUCUCACCAACACCAACGUUGUCUUCUCUUCUCUAUUGCAACGUUAAUAGUAUUUUCGACCACAACAUUACGAGUCUCGGCGCGUUUAUUCCCCAACGUGUCCUCAAUCCCAAAGACGCUGCCGAACCACGCGCCACGGAACGCGUGGGACGCGUAUCGCAACUUCACCGGAUGCCAACGUGGCAAAACCUACGACGGCCUCUCGAACCUAAAAAACUACUUCCACUACUUCGGGUACAUCGCCCACGCGCCGCCGUCGAACUUCACCGACGACUUCGACGACGCGCUGGAGUCCGCCAUCCGCGAGUACCAAAAGAACUUCAACCUGAACGUCACCGGCGAGCUGGACGACGCCACCAUGAAGCAAAUCGUCCUCCCCCGCUGCGGCGUCGCCGACAUCAUCAACGGCACCAGCACGAUGAACUCCGGCAAGUCAAAGUCAAACACGACAAAGUUCCACACGGUGGCGCACUACUCCUUCUUCGAGGGCAAGCCGCGGUGGCCCGAGGGGACGGAGGAGCUCACGUACGCUUUCGACCCUAACAACGGCUUAAGCGAAACCGUCAAGAGCGUGUUCGCGAGCGCGUUUGGGCGGUGGUCGGAAGUGACGACGAUCUCGUUCAGCGAAACGGCGUCGUACGAGAGUGCGGACAUUAAAAUAGGGUUCUACAGUGGGGACCACGGGGACGGUGAACCGUUCGACGGCGUGUUGGGGACGCUGGCGCACGCUUUCUCGCCGACGAACGGGAUGUUCCACCUGGACGAGGCGGAGGACUGGGUGGCGAGCGGCGACGUGACGGAGGCGUCGGUGUCGAACGCGGUGGACCUGGAGAGCGUGGCGGUGCACGAGAUAGGGCACUUGCUAGGGCUAGGGCACUCGUCGGUGGAAGAGGCUAUUAUGUACCCUACGAUAUCGGCAAAGACAAAGAAGGUGGAGUUGAACGAAGAUGAUGUGUUGGGGAUUCAGGAGCUGUAUGGUUCCAACCCUAACUACACUGGGAUUCCUUCUACCUCUUCGCGCGAGACUGAUUCCAGUGACGCUCUUCGCCGCCUGGGCUCCACGUGCGGGCCCAUGUUUUCGCUUUUCUUUUUCUUGUUCGUUGCAUUUGGGUCGCACGUGUAAGUUUUUGAGGUUCGGUGUUCUCUGUUUUCUGGUUUGUUAGGUAGGGUAGGUUUGUACAGAGGAGUGAGGGUUUGAUACGCGCGGACAUACGGAUACGGAUACGUGUAUUAUUUGUUUGUAUAGGGUUUCGUAUACUUUGUACCAUCAUACAUUGUUGCCAUUCUUUUUGUCAUAGCUUAUUCAAUUCUUUUUUUUAUUUCAAAUAAAGGAAGCUUUCUUACA